AUGGCCGGUAAAACCCCGCCAUGGUCCGGUUCCAGCGCGGAAAAGCUUAUUCAGAAGUUCUGCGAGGGAAGGAAGGAGGACCGAUAUGUCUACACCGAGCCCACAGAAGGGCACAGUGAAGAUGAACAGAAGUACAAGGAGAUAGAGCUUUGGGUCGCAGGGACGCGUAACCUUCGAGGCGCAUUUCUCCAUGAGAUGAGGCCCGAAAAAUUCCCCAAAAAAGAACCACGUCCCUCUGAAAUUGAUCCCUACGCUCGCCCAUUAGAACGCGGCACCGUCGCUACCGCCUUCCUUACGUUCCCCCCUGUGCUGUCCCUUUCCUUGGGUCGACUAAUCGAAAAACGUAUCAUGCGCCGCGGCCGCGACGGAAAGAUCGUGGAUCGUUUUGAGUAUCCCGUCCACCUCGACAUGACCGAGUUUCUCGCAUUGUCUGCGCCUUCCUCUCCUCCCCUCAACUAUCGCCUCUUCGGCGUUUUGGUACACCAGGGGAACGACCAGACCACAGCGUUUGUCAGGCAAGGCCGGGAUGACUUGUGGCUACGAUACGAAAAUGGGCUCGUCGCACCGGUGUCUUCGAUACGGGAGGUCACUCAAGAUAAUUUUGGUGGUUCACGGAGAAGUAAGACUGCGAUGCAUCUGAUGUAUAUAAGGGAGGAUUCGAUAGAUGAAUUCUUCGCAGAGAAAGAUACCGCCACCAGAACUCAUAAGAUCGCAGCCGUCACGCCCAAACCUGCGGCUCAGACCGUCAAACCCGUCGUCGCUCCACCGACCAUCAAGCCCGAGUCUUUCACCACUCAUUCUCAGCCUCAACCGACUAUCAACACCGCCUCCGCUGAGAGUGAGAGUCAGUCCGCCGCUGCGAAGGGAGUAGAUGGGACCAAUACUCCUGCUGCUACGAACGGAGGUCCCGUCCCCAUCGUUCCUGUACAAGAGAACGCAGAGUCUGAUGGGGAAUCGACGUCGAGAACAAUCAGGAUCAUAAUGGGGUUGGGUGUCUUGAAUUUGGCUAUAGGCAUGAUAUUGUGUGGGAUUGGAGUGUAUGUGUGUGUCAAGAGGAGAAAAGAUGGCGAGCGGGAGAUGGAGGGAGGGGCGGCGUAUGCGCAGGUGGAGAAUAUGAAGGCGGGAGAAACGGUGUUUGAUGCAAAGUAUGAGUCUCACGAGGAGCAGGUUUGA